GAAAUUGAGGCCAUGAAGCAGCGUGUCAAGGAGAUGGAGGCUGAGGCUGCUAAACUUCGUGAGAUGCAAGCCCAGGCAGAGAAGGACAUGAACAUGGAGGCUGUCGAUUCAAGAUCGGUCUAUGUCGGAAACGUGGACUGGGGCUCAACACCUGAGGAACUUCAAUCGCAUUUUCAGUCAUGCGGGACUAUCAACCGUAUCACGAUCCUGUGCGACAAAUGGACUGGCCAGCCCAAGGGAUAUGCAUACGUUGAGUUUGCAGACGCCUCUUCCGUCGCCAAUGCCAUCGUCAUGAACGAUUCACUCUUCCGUGCGCGUCUGAUCAAAGUCACGCCCAAGCGUACGAACGUUCCUGGAAUGGCUGCUCGAGGCCGUGGCCGUGGUCGUGGUGCCUAUCGUGGAGGGUUUGCAGGACAUGGUGCUUAUGGCGGAUAUGGCCAUCCACCCAUGUAUGGCGCACCACCUCCAUAUGGCGGAGGAUAUCGUGGACGUGGCGGACGUGGUCGUGGCGGUCGUGGCGGUUACUAUGCUCCGUACUAAAGCGUAGCAGGAGGCAGGACCAUCCCAACUGGCAAUAGUCGUUAUCGUAGGGCGAAAGAUUGAGGGGCUUUUUUUUUCAAGGAUGGACAGGGUGCAAUUGCGGGACGUAAGGGGAUGUUUACAUUAGGA